UAGCAAAUUUAUUCAACCUUGUUGAGAUAACCAAUUACUUCUCGAACUGCUUUCACAAUUAAGACAACACAAGCAUAACUUAGAUCAUUCAAGCAUAACUUCUUCAUAGGCUGAUGUCCUCAAAAUCAACAUCACUACCCUCAGCCCUAUCGUUCUUUCCUUAUCCAGCUAAACUCACACCCUAAAACAGUUGUAGAGUAUACCGUACGACCAUGGCAUCUCCUCCUCUUCUUCUUCUUCUUCUUCUUCUUCUUCUUCUGUUUCUUCUUCUUCUUCUUCUUCCAUUACUGCUGCAGCAUUCUUCAGUGGAUUACCGGCCCUAUUAUUAUAAUCAAACACUCGACCAUUUUAAUUAUGCACCUCAGAGCUACUCGAUGUUCCGACAGAGGUACCUUGUAAGCCAACGACAUUGGGGAGGUUCCGGAUCUCCUAUUUUAGCAUAUCUUGGAGCCGAGCAACCCAUCGAUAAGGACUUGAGAGCCAUUGGCUUCCUUGACGAUAAUGGCCCUGUCCUCGACUCUCUUUCUGUCUUCAUUGAGCUAAAAUAUCCACACAUCGCUAUUGGAGUCCUCGCCUCAUCAGUCUCUAUUCUUUAUUUCGAUAAUAUUACUCCACAAAAUGGAUAUUAUUCCGUUGUAACAAAAGACUUCAAGCAAGUGAGCGAAAGUUGUUACCAAACGAGAAAAGAUUCCUGGACUGAAAUUGACAAAAUUGCAUUGCAGCUUGACGGAUUUUCCGUACUUAGUAAAAAAUUCCAGACUUGCCGAAAACUAGAGAACUCCGAUGAACUCAGGGAUGCUUUGGACACAAUGUACUCGCACGCUGCGCAGUAUAACAAUCCUCCGGUCACAAUGAUGUGCCAUGCGAUAGAUCAACAUUCUUCUUUGGAGAAGUACCCCCACAGUGACAUCAUCGGAAGGAUUGCUGCCGGCGUCGUCUCCUACUAUGGCAACAAUACAUGCUUUGUUAAUCAAAUUGGUGUCCCUACACAAACCUCAACACAAACAUCCAUUGGAUGGAGAUGGCAAACUUGCAGUGAAAUGGUGAUGCCUAUUGAAAAAGGCUUAAACGACACAAUGUUUCCGCCAAGCCCGUUUUACUUAAAGAAGUCUGCCAGAGAUGUUAAAUCGGUCCUCAGUAAAUUUGGGAGCAAUAUCAUAUUCUCCAAUGGUCUUAGAGAUCAGUACAGCAGUGGAAGGAUUCUAAAAGAUUUAUCUCCAAGUACUGUAGCCGUGACUACACAUAAUGGUGCGGUUUUCUAAUAAUGCAUUUAUUUACAUAUAUAUUGUUUUGGUUUAUAAUUUAUUUAUAUAUAACUGAAUAAUUUGUUUAAUAACUGUUGUAUAAUUUUUACAUGUUCUCAUUGCUCCGGACAUUGCAAAAGCAAAAAUAACAGAUCCAAAGUGGUUGAUUAUGCAAAGAAAAAUUGAAGUUGGAAUUAUUCAAAGAUGGCUUAAACAAUAUUAUCAAAAUAUAUAAAUAUUUGGGAUUAAGACCUAAUUAAAAUAAUGGUGAUCUAAUUGACAUCAUAUAUAUAUAUAUAUAUAUGUAUUUGGAUUAUUAAACUAUAAAAAGUAUAUUUACUAUGGGUUACUAAUAAAAUUUUGUAUGUAUACACUAUAAAGUAUUAAAGUACUUCUUGUCUCACUUCCAAUUAAUUAAUCAUGGUUAU